AUGGGAACUCACUUCCCACAAGUUCAAGAGAAACCAGACUGGAUCAAACUGCCCAGUACCUGGAAGAGAAACUGCAUAAGGAAAAGCUUCAAGAUGGUAAAAUGGUUUCCCCCUUCUCCAGGUAGAAUUAAACUGAAUAGUGAUGGAAGCUGCAUAGGAGAGAACUGUGGGGGUGGACGGAUUUUUAGAGAUGACAAGGGAAAAGUGAUUGCUGCUUAUAGCAUCAAUCUGGGCAAGGGCAUAAGUAACUGGGCAGAAGCCAAAGCUCUUCAACAUGGGAUAGAAAUUUGCAUCAACAUGGGCUGGAAAGAACUAUUAUUUGAAGCUGACUCAAUGCUACUAGAUCAGGCCAUACAAGACAAAAUCAAAGCACCAUGGAAUAUCAAACAAAUUAUCAAAUGGAUUCAAUCAUAA